AUGUCUGAACCACCACCAAUUCCAGACCUCGAGCAUUCUGGAGACACACCGCCAUUCUCAGAAGAUGACCAGACUCAACCGACGGAAGAGAUACUAAACGCGCUUCGUCAAAUCAACCCGCAGCAACAACCAACUCCCACUCCGCAGUCAGAAUGGGACCAAUUGCGCGCACAGUUGCGUGAGAAGCCGUACGACGCGGAUGCGUGGCUGAGGUUAGUCGACCUCGCUGAAGACUCGCAAGAUAUCGAGAAAAUCAAGGCAACAUACGACGCUCUCUUGGAAGCGUACCCAAAUACUUCAUCAGCCCAGAUCGCGUACAUUAGCCACUUCUUGGAAGACCCGGAGACGUUCACUUUUGCCGAGACGCUGUUCAAGAGAUACCUGAGGGCCUCGUCUGCUGUUGAUUUGUGGAAGUUCUAUCUCACCUACGUCAGCAGGCGAGUGAACACUGGACCAAAUGCACGCGAGGUCAUCCGGAAAUCCUACGAGUAUGCACUCAACCACGUUGGACAAGACAAGGACAGCAGUGACAUUUGGAUGGAUUACAUCCAGUUCCUCAAGGCUGGCGAGGCAAGUAGUUUCAUAUCGUGUCUCACUACCACCACAUGGGAAGAACAGCAGCAGAUGGAUUUGGUCCGCAAAACAUACCAAAAGGCAGUGAAGAUUCCGAUGGACAAUCUGAAGAAGUUUUGGGAGGACUAUCAGGACUUCGAAAAUAGUCUGAAUAAGAUCACUGCAAAGAAGUUUAUAUCUGACCACCAAGAGGACCAUAUGCAAGCCCGUACCGUCCUCAAUCAGUUGCAAGAGCACCUCACUGUCCUCUUUCCGCCGCCUCCACCUUCCAGGACUGGGAGGCCGCCCAUCUGGCUUCCGCGUCAGCCCACGUUCAGCGCGGGGGACAAGGCGCUAGUAGGGCGUUGGAGAAUGUAUCUCAAGUGGGAGGAGGGCAACCCACUCGUGAUUGACGAGAAGGAGAAAGCCACGUUUGUCCAGCGAAUGCAGGGUGUGUACCGCAAAGCUGUUGUCCGGAUGAGAUUCUUCUCCGAGAUUUGGUACAUGGCGUACGCAUGGAACCACGCUAAUGGUAAACAGGAAGAUGCUCUGACGAUCCUCAAGGGGGGCAUCGAUGCCAACCCAUCAAGUUUCGUGCUUAACUUCGCGUAUGCUGAGGCACAGGAGUUGAAUCAAAACUUUGCCGAAGUGCAUGCCACAUUUGACAAAUUCGUCGACGUCUUGCGGCGUGACCUGGAGGAAAUUGAGGCGCGUGUCUCGUCCGCAAACUCGUCUUUUUCGUCGAACACAUCCGGUGCUACUGAGGCAGCGAACCCGACCGAAGCCGCGCUCGCGUUCGGCCUCCCGACUCCUGGCACACAGUCGCAAAGCUCCUCAUUCAAUACGCAGGUAUCGGACGAGAAGCUUCCAAAGUCGAAAGAAUUGGCAGAACGACGCACAGAGUACGGUAUUGCGUGGAUCGUAUACAUGAGGUUUGCUCGGAGGGCGGAAGGCCUAAAGACUUCGCGAGCAGUUUUCGGCAGAGCGAGACGAGAACGUUGGACGCCAUGGGAGGUCUACGAGGCGGCAGCCUUAAUGGAGUACCACUGCACCAAAGCACUGGACGUUGCCAGCCGGAUCUUCGAAAAAGGCAUGGAGCUAUUUAGCGAGGAGGUCGAGUUCGUCCUCAGAUACCUCGGCUUUCUGAUUUCCGUGAACGACGAGAAUAAUGCCCGUGCGUUGUUCGAGCGCGUUAUUGGUACUUUCCCCCCUGAACGUGCGCGUCCCUUGUGGGAGCGAUGGGCGCGCUAUGAAUACCAGUUUGGCGAUUUGUCUGCGGCGCAGAAGCUGGAGAAGCGGAUGACCGAGGUCUACCCACAAGAUCCGCCAAUCAAACGCUUCGCAGAACGCCACAAAUACCUGGGCACGGAUGCAAUUGCGGCGAGGGACCUUGGCUUCACGCUGUCACGCCAAGGCAGCACUCAGGGCCGCACGAAUGGAACUUCUGCUUUAGCGCGCACGGACACGCAGAUGUCAUUGCUCUCUUCGCAGCCUUCCAGCCAGCCGCAAGCAGUGCCGGGUUCUUCCAAAAGGCCAUCGUCCCCGGACCAUAGGAGACGCGAGGAUAGCCGUGCGCCCGACUAUGGGCCACCUGCAAAACGCCAGCGAGGGUCUCCGCCACCUCGCGAUAGAGACCGCGAGAGGUGGGACGGGCCACCCCGAAGACGUCACGGCAGCCCACCGCAUUGGGGCGAGAGAGAACGCGACAGGGACGGCCCCUCAUCGCGGAGAUUCAAACAAGAGGAUAGGGAGGACGAGAAGCCUGUCGUACUUCCCCCGGUCCUGUCAUGGUUCGUCGGAAUGCUGCCGGCUCCUGCCGCGUUUGAUGGCCCUAUCUUCAGGACGGACGAUUUAAUGCAAGUCUUCAGGAAUGCUGUGAUUCCAUCCAGCACGAGCGCAGUGAGGCCGCGUUCUCCGCCGCCAGCUCCGCCGCGCGUAGGGGGAAGGCCACCUCCUGAUUAUGGUCCGUAUCAAGGACCUGGACGUCGUGGACGAUAUUAA